UGAUAGGGGAUGUUGUUAGGUUCUGAGGGAAGGGAAUCUCUUCAGCAUCAACAGUAGUAAGACGUUCAGAAUGCUGUGAUGCAUCGGAAAGAGAAACGCUAAUCAGUUUAUGCAGCUGUUAAAUAUAUUUAAGAUUUAUUUAGACCAUGCAUUGGAUCAGUCCAGAUUUGACCGAACACACCCCCCUUUUUUCGCUCAAAUAACGGGAACCCUAAAUCCGUAAUAGGAGGUAGCUAGAAUUAAAUAUUAGGUAGUAUAAUAGAAAAAUACGUUUACUGUAUAUCGCUAAAUCAAGACAAUGUCCGUCGCGUUCGCUUCGGCUCGGCCAAGAAGUAAAGGAGAGGUGACACAACAAACUAUACAAAAGAUGCUUGAUGAAAACCAUCACCUGAUUCAAUGUAUUAUGGACUACCAAAGUAAAGGCAAAACAGCAGAAUGCACUCAGUAUCAGCAGAUAUUACACAGAAAUCUGGUCUAUCUUGCUACAAUAGCAGAUUCAAAUCAAAACAUGCAGUCAUUGUUGCCUGCUCCCCCAUCCCAGAACAUGAACGUGGGGCCUGGAGGAAUGAGCCAGAGUGCCAGCACCCAGGGCCUUCAUUCUCAGAGCAACCUGAAUGACAGCAUGUCCUCCAGUCUGUCCACCCCCUCGCUCAUGCAGGGCCAGAUCGCCAAUGGCCCUAGCCACACUACUAUGCAGUCUUCCGGUCAAACAGCUCUCCCUCCAACCUCCCUGAGCCUGCCAGUCAGCAGUCAUGCCCCAUCAGCUGGGUACAGCCAGACGGUGUCGUCAUCACAGGGUGUUCCAAUGCAGAGUCAGGGCCAGUCCAUGGGCAGCUACACCUCCCGUGGCAACCUCAACAUGCCCUCCAGCCAAGUAACGAUGAUGCACCAGCAGGCGGCGACGUCCCAUUACUCCUCUGCUCAGGCCGGGAGUCAGCACUACCAGGGGCCUCAGCCAAUGGGGAUGCUCAGCCAGGGUAACCAAGGAAACAGCAUCAUGGCACAGAGACCCAUGGCAUCGUAUCGCACUUCACAAGGAUCCGCUCUGCAGUACACUGGACAGGACGAAUUCUACGGGGAACAAUAUGGCCACAGUCAGAGCUCCAACGAGCCCAUUAACCAGCAGUAUUACCCUGAUGGUCACGGGGAGUAUUCAUAUCAGCAGUCCUCUUACGGUGAGCCUGGAUAUGAGAGAAGCUUUGAGGAGUCCUCACAGCAUUACUAUGAAGGAGGAAACAGUGCACAGUACAGUCAGCCACAGGCCUCCUACCAGCAGAGCUCCAGCCAGCAGCAGCCUUUCAGCCAGCAACAGUAUCCCACACAGCAGAACUACACCGGGCAGCAGCAGACCUACGGCCCGGGGCAGGCAGCAUCGGCGCAGUACUCCAGCUACCAGCCAGGUCAGGGCCAGCAGUACAGCUCAUACCGUUCCUCCCAAGCUGCGCCCACUGGACAGACGCAGAGACCCUAUGCCUAUGAUCAGAGCCAGUAUGGAAAUUAUCAGCAGUGAUUCGCCAAAGGCUCCAGCAGCAGUCGUUCCGCAGAGUUUCACCUCAAAACCAUUUCGACAUUCCUCAGCUUGUGGGUCUGACUGAUCAGUGUGUCGUAGUGCUGCUCAGUAGGGAAGUAGAAUGCCCGAAACGGAUUACUCAGUUUUUCAUUAGCCUAUUUUUUACUGAAUAAAUGAAGCCAAAUGGCUUCAGCAGUUCCAGAAGGAAGGAUUCUGAUUGUCAGAGCAUUAGACAGGGUUCUGGGGAUCUCACUGAAGGGGCUAUUAUUUAAUUACUGUAUUAACACUUGUGUUAACAGCUGGCACACAUCAAGUGCCAGUUUACUACAUGGGAAGAGUGGAAGGAAAUUUCUAAAAGCUGUAGACUGGGUCUUAAUCUAUAAUCUGACCCAAGACACCUCUAUUGCAUUUGUAUAAAUGGAGUCAUGUAAAUUUCUCCUUUUUGGAGUCAUUUCGGCUGUUCUUGGUCACAUCCCAUCUUUAUUAAUAUCUGGUUUUAUACUGGAAAUCAUGCAUCCCGUAUUUGCCUAUGGUACUCUAAACAGUAUAAUUUAGGAGACGAAUCUGGCAGUAUAUUCAGGAUGCAUUAGGCAUACGUAAAUUAUAUUUACAAUUAGACAUAUUUUUCAAAUGGCCUGCUUUGUUAAAACUAUUUAAAGUAGAACACUUCAAAUUACAGUGCGUCAUAUAUUUAUUUUUAGAUGAUUUGUGUACUGAUACUAAAUUUUCCUCAUUUUAGUUAUUUUUAGAUUCUGCACCAUAAUGGAGACAUACAGUAUAUUUUAACUCCCUUAGAACUGGGAUCUUGAUUGGUGUGCCAGUAUUGUAUAGUAACAUUCCCAUGUAUGUCCUUUUCUGCUCUAAAUUAAUCGCAUUCAUUUCAGGAUUUCAGGAGUCCUCAGCAAAGCACAAUUAAUCUUGAAUCUCCAGCCUUUGUCAGCACCUCUUGUAGCUUGUCAUGUCAUCCUUUUUUGAACAUAUGCAGGCGACUUUAGCAAUACCAACAAUUAGAAUUCCUGCAGGAUCCAUCAUACACUCAGACUGCCUUCUUAUGAUCAAGGAAAUGUUUGUCACCUAUUCUCAUUCAAAUGUAAAUCCUGUAAGCUCAAGGUACCUGCCUGAGUUUGAGUGUGAGUAGUUAUACACACACACAUACACACACACAUAUCUCGUUCAACUGGACAUGGUCUGACAUGGAUUUUGGAGAUGCACGUACUGUGGUUUUUAAGCUUUUUUCAAACAGGUUUUGUCCUGAUUCUAUAAUAACCCUAGUUUACAGAGCGAGGAAGAUUUUUUACAUUUAUUUCUGUGCCUCUCUGUAUGUAUCUAUGUCUGUAUGUGUUUAUAUGAAUGUAUUUCAUACCUUUGUUACACACGUUUUGUAAAUUGUUUACUUAGUUAAAACUGAAGUACUUUGUAACUUGUUUAAAUUAGUGCCCUUUUCUGGAAAAAUGUGGAUUUGUGUAUUGUCAUGUUUUGUGCAUCUAGUUUUUUUACUGAAUUUCAGUAUUCUCAUCUUUCCAUACCUCAUCUUUCCAUGUUCUCCAUCCUUACCAUAGGUACGGUUUCGAUUCCUAAUGUCUGCUAAUACUUUUCUCAUAUGAAUAUCUGUGUAUAGGCAAUACUUCAACUAACAAUGACUGGUGUACAAAGGCAUGAGUAGUUGCAUUAUCAUCUUAACCAACUAAGGGAAAGGGCCUGAUUAGCAUAAAGCUGGUCCUGGUGAUGAGCUGUUAAAAUGGGAGGGGAGGAGAUAUGUUGGUGGACAAAGUUUGUGCAGGAAAGUAGAAUCAUAACAGUUAAUACGAGUUGUACAAACACUUUUGCCUUAUUGUUUCUACAAUGCUGUGCAGUACAAAUAGAUAAUUAUGUCGGUCAAAAAAGUAGCGGAACUACCUAUAUUGCCAAUUCAGUAGCAAUGUUUCUCUCAUAAUAGACAGGGAAAACCUGUGACAUCAUCUUCGUUGUGAAAAAGUUUAGGGAUUUCGUUUUUUUUUGUAAAAAGGCAUUGAUUUGCUGCAGCGACAUUUGAAAAUGAGUUUAUUUAGAAAUUAUGUUAAAUUGUUUGUAAAUGUAUUGAUCUAUAAUAAUAUAACAGUACAAAACAGAAUAGCACAAUUCGUCAUCAUGUUGAUGUUGCAAAUAAGCUGGAGCAUUUGUGUUUGGCUGUGAGACAGCUUUAUCAUGUUACUGUACACACUUGAUGUGACAAUCGUCCAUCUCAUUUUGUCUAGUGCCUAUGAAAUGGGUGAACUAUAUGUAUUUUAAGUUUUCAGUGGUGUAUAAGAUGUUGUUAACCAUUUGACUGUGUGUGUGCAUGUGUGUGUGUUUGAGAGAGAGUGAGGGUAUGGAAAAAAAAAUCAUUGACCAAAUAUCAACAUGUAUAUGGUUAUGGAUCGCUUGUUUAGAAUUGUUUUUCCCUCUAUUUCGUACUGUUUAAUAUACAAAAAAAUAAACAUUGACCAUUUUAUUGUUCA